CGCUCUCCCCGCAUCUCCAUUCCCAUCUCUCCAUCUCGAAAUCCAAGUCGAUCCAUCCAUCCCAUCGCCAUGUCCGCCUCCUUCGACUCCUUCGGCAUCGACGGCGACGAGGUGGUGCACGCCGCCGCCGCCGCCGCCCCGACGGGCCACCCCCAGUUCGAGGACCACCACGACGGCGGCGGCGGCGCCGCCUUCUCCUCCGGCUACGGCGGCUACUCCGGCUUCCCCCCCGGCCCCGACGGCGAGGUCGCCGUCGACCGAUCGCCGGAGAUCUUCGGGUUCGAGGAACCGGGCCCCGGGUACUCCCCGCCCUCGCCCUACGACUCGGUCCACGUGGAGAACGGGAACGGGAACGGGAACGGGAACGGGAGCGUCUUCGAGGGCGGCGACGACGACGACGGGGUCUUCGCGGCGGACGGGCCGAUCCUGCCCCCGCCGAGCGAGAUGCAGGAGGAAGGGUUCGCCCUGCGCGAGUGGCGGCGCCAAAAUGCACUUUUGCUUGAGGAGAAGGAGCAGCGGGAGAAGGAUAUGAGGGUCCAGAUCAUCCUAGACGCUGAGGAUUAUAUAAGAGAAUUUUAUGAGAAAAGAAAGCUGAAUGUUGAAAGCAACAAGACCAACAACAGGGAGAGGGAGAAGUUAUUCCUAGCUAGUCAGGAGAAAUUCCAUAAAGAGGCAGAUAAGCAGUAUUGGAAGGCCAUAGGAGAGCUGAUCCCUCACGAGGUUCCAAACAUUGAAAAGAGGCGAGGGAAGAAGGACCCGGAGAAAAAGCCAGGGAUCACCGUCGUCCAGGGUCCGAAGCCUGGAAAGCCGACUGACCUCUCUAGGAUGCGUCAAAUACUCGUAAAACUGAAGCACAAUCCACCGCCUCACAUGAUCCCACCUCCACCACCUCCCAAGGACGCAAAAGAUGGGAAGAAUGCAAAAGACGGGAAGGACAAGGAGAAGGAGAAAGAGAAAGAGAAGGAUGGUGCACCAACUGCGAAUGGGGCUCCUGGGGCGGCUGCAGCAGCACCUCCUGCUAAAGAUGGUGUUAAUGGCUCGUCUAGCCCGCCGAAAGAAGCUGCUCCCGCCGAGGAGCAACUCGAGCAAGCGAAUGCUUGAGCGUGCUUUCACCCUCGCUUCUCUGAAGCCAUGAAGUGCAUUAUGAUUGCUCUCGUUCGUCAUGAUAUCUUUUGAUCGACUUAUUUUUGUCUAUUGAAUAUUUUUUCUUGAAUGUUGUGAUUCAUUUUUCUCGAGUCUCAGGUAUUCUUACUGCUUGGUGCUUUCGUCGUCACGUGUUGCGCAGAUGUAGUAGACAUUCGAACCGGAGAAACCAGGAUAUGCGGGUCUGUAACCCAGGGAUUGAUCGAAUUUUACUCCAUGUAUUGAUAUAUUUGUAGUUUCUCCUCC